AUGUUCAAAAGCGGACUAUUCGCCUUCUUCAUGGACGGAAAAAAUGUGCUCGGCUGCGCCAUCGGCCUCCACCCCUACCUCUCAUUCACGGUGGCAACCGCGUGCGAUGAGAGUUGUGCGCACAUGAAGGCGUGCUUCAUUCUCCACGCCGAGCUCGUCUUGGCGGACCUCGUCGAGGAGGAGCCACUCGACCCGUUUGACCUCGACUGCGUACGUGAGACGAGCAGGGACAAUGAGCAGUCCUUGUCCUUUUUCUCGCAGAUCGUGAUCGCGGCCAAAAGCACAUCGCGAUCGACGUGGCAACCUUUGUAUUCAUGUAGCUCGUCAGGCCGGGAUUUGUGCAGAUCCAAUCACAAGGGCCCUCAAUCACGAUGUAUAAAUCCAAUGCGAAGGGCAGCACAGGCUAACCUUUUCGGUCUCCAAGCUUAA